AUGUUUGUCUUGAAAGUGUUUUUCUAUAUUUUUCAUCUAAUUUCAUUUAUAAAUUUAAUCCAAUCACAAAUUAUAUGUCUUGAUAAUUCUAAUAUUACUUGCAAUUGUAAUUAUGAAAAACGUUUAGUAACUUGUAUUGAAAAUCAAGCAAGUGCUGAGACAUUUAUCGAUUGGUCAACAUUUUCAACAACUGAACAAAUCUAUGUUGCAUUUAGAUUUAUUAAUUUCACUCGUUUAACAACUCACACAUUUACAUCGUUUUCAUCACAAUUUUCUUCAUUUCGUGAAGUCAAUUUCACUUUUAUAAAUGGAAUUGAUGAAAUAUCAGAAAAUACUUUUGAAGUAUUGAAUUAUUUUACCAAUGUUCUAACUUAUAUUAGAUUUUAUUCACCAAGAAAUUAUCAACUUGCUGAUUAUGCCUUCAGUCAAAUAAAAUGUCAAGAACUGAUCAUUGACAAUAUUCAAUAUAAUGAUAUAAACAAUUCACCAUAUCAACUCAAUUUAAAAGCAUUUAUUAAUACAACUAUUGAUGAAAUAAGUAUUAUAAAUUCUAAAGAAGUUCAAUUGAUAUCCAAUCAAUCAUCGACUUUAUAUUGGACAAAUGUUUACUUUAAUAAUUGUUCCUUAACAAAUAUUGAUCUUCUUUAUGAUAGUUUAUCAGCUGAUCACUUAACUAAGUUAGAUUUAUCAUCUAGUGGCAUAGUUCAUUUUCCUUCUUUGGUUAAAUUUCCUUAUAUUACAACUCUUAAUUUGCGUGAUAAUUAUAUUUCGGAAAUUAGAUCCAAUUUAUUCACAAGUGAAAAUCUAAUAAAUGAAAUCGAUUUAUCACAAAAUCCAUUAAAAAGAAUCGAGCCUAAUGCAUUUAUUAAAUUGCAUUUUUUAACUUCUUUAAUUAUGGAUAAUACUCAUUUAAAAUCAUUGGAAACUGUAACAACUGAUAAUAAAGUCGUAUCAUUUUUGUCUCCAUUAAAUCAAACACUACGUUCUCUUGUUUUAUCACACAAUUUUCUUCGAAAUAUCGAUUUAUUACAAGAUUUUUCACAUCUACAAGUAUUACAAGUAGAAUACAAUUUAAUUGAAAAAAUAAAUGAAAAUACAUUUAAAAAUGCACGUGACCUUCAAACACUUGAUUUGAGUAAUAAUUUGAUUGAAUCAAUUCAUCCAUGGGUUUUUAAUCAUACACGUAUUGCAUCUCUUGUUCUAAGUUCGAAUCCAAUUUCUUCAUUAGAAACAACGAUAACAAUCUAUGAUGAACAAUCACAACCCAAAAAUCUAACAACUUCAUUUCUUUAUAGUGUGGCAUUGACUCUUACUGAGUUAACAUUAGCAAAAUGUACCCAUUUAUCUGAAAUAAAUUGGUUUGUAUUCACGAAAUUAAAAAAACUAUCAUUCUUAAAUCUUUCUGAAAUACCAAAAACGAACAGAUUUUGGCUAUUAGAACCUCGAGAUGGGACACUGAUCCCUGGUCUGCAUAAGUGA